AGCCGCCCCACACUUGGGAACCUCCCGACCAUCGUCAACUGACUCAACACCUCCACCUCUAGGAAACGACAAAAAAUGAAUCCUGAUAGUGAGCCUCCAUCAACGGAUACCGAACCUCCGCUUCGGAGGCUAUUCUACGGAGUUAACCCUCCGGUCUACCUUCCCUCACUCACCUGCGCGGAAUUUUCCAUUGCUCAGGUCGAAGCUCACCUCAAGCACCGUAAAGCUCACACAGCAAUUGGUGACAACGAGCACGAAGAGGCCGUUUCAUUCAUAGGCGGAGGGAAAAAAGGUCCGCCCACUCUAGCCCAACUCGCUACGGCCAGAAUCGUCUCUACGCUCCGCUAUGACAUGAAAGACGGUGUCCGGGUUCUCGUGCAGAGCUGUCCGGAGAAGUUGCUCCGGCCUAUCCUUGAAAGCCCUAGACUACACUACAUUGCGUUCCGGACCCUGCUCCACACUCACGAUGCUGCGCAAUCAUCGCAGGGCAUUGAGACCUCCGCUUGGGCUCAUGUGCAGCGAUUGGCCGGGGAAGAUGUGGAUUCGUGGGUUUUGAGGAAUGAGAAGUUUAUCCGUCAGAUGCCGCCUGCGCACCAAAAUUCUAUGCUUGUGUCUUUGGAUGAAGCCGCUGAGAUCUGGCCGGAUGCGGAGAUUACCUCUGAACGUAUCACCCUUUGGAGGAGGAAGCCGCCGAGAGAAGCUUUUACAUGCUUUGAUGAAUUGCGGGCCCGGAAAAUUGAGCUCCAACCUUCGAGCAAGAAGUUUGGUCAAACCUUCAAGAGGUUGACAAAUGGUAUCUUUGAGGGCCUAAAUUGGAAUAACGUUGUUAUUGGUGGAGGAAUGGUCUUGGCUACAAUGCAGUGUUUAUCUGAGGAGGACGACAAAGCCUGUAUCGACUCUGAUAUAGAUCUUUGGAUCCACGGCCUUAACCCCGAGGAGGCGAAUAAAAAGGUCCGCGAAAUUUAUAAUGUCUGGUGGAGAAAUCUGAACCCAGAAAGGAAUUUUUAUGUGAUGAAGAACGCCAAAACCCUAACCCUAAUGAGCGAUUACCCCGAGCGAAGGAUUCAGAUAAUAUUGAAGAUGACAAGAUCUGAAGCGGAAGUGCUUCUCAACUUUGACCUGGACCCGUGCGCAAUGUGCUGGAAUGGGAAAGAGGUGCGUAUGCUUCCACGCUGUGCUAGGGCCUUGGAAACAGGUUAUACAGUUUUUACAAUGGACUUGGUGUAUGGCCAUCACCUCGGUGAUCGGCGUGCUACACAGGAGAUGAGAGUUCUUAAGUACGCUAGUAGGGGAUUCGGUAUCCUCAUUCCGGCCUCACUCAUGAACACACUCACGGUCGAUUUCGAUGCCCGGAAACCCAAAGUCUCAAGUUGCCAUGAGUCACAUUUCCCAGGUCGGUCUGGUGGCCGCUACGGGAAGCCCCGCGGAGAGAUUGUGUAUUCUGGGAAAAAGGCGGUUAAGAGGAUAGCAUUUCUGGCGCAGGACAUGGUACAUAGGUUUUAUCUUGGCUCGACACCUUUGUCAGCCCUUAUAAGGGCGGAGGAAGACUUGUCUGACGAGGAAAGCGAUGACGGCCAACCGCCUUAUGGUUCUGAAGAAUUGAUUGAGGAGUCUGACGGAGAAGGCGGGGUGCGGACACGCCGAGUUAUCAAGGCAAUUGUCUCUAAUGUAAACGGGCGGAAGCAGUCUAUUGGGCAACCUGGUGGGAGGGAAGGGGUCGGGGCUGGCUUCGAAGUGUUUAUGAGAAUGGCAGCGCUGUUCAAAUAUGAGGCGGAGGACCGUCUAAGGAUCGAUCGAGAUACACUUUGCUCUCUUGCCUAUGACGACCCCGAUACGUACGAUGACACCCCGAGAUACCUUUGGGGUCCAGAUUUUAAGUUCGAAAAUCUAUCAGACGAAAUUAACGCACACAACAACUCCCUUUUCGCAAACCUUAGGGAAGCCAUUGAAGAGCUUCUCGGCUAUGAUUCUCCCCACGGAAGGGAUUGGAAGGGAUAUCUAAGCCGACGGAUCCGUCGUGUUAUGUUCGCCGACAACAUCGAUGAGAUUUUCCAGAAGCAGAUUACAAUCCCGAUAUGUGUACCUGCUGCAUUAGAAGAAUAUAUAGAGAACACCAUGAGGGAUGUAUGCGACGAACAUGGCAUGCCCUGGUCUGACGAAUUCAAGGUGUUGAUCCCGAUUCACAAUCGGAACACCACCACUCGUCCAGCUCCCCCAGUUGGGAGAUGGAAUUAUCGGUAUUGGGUCAUCGGGAACAUCACAAUGUGGGCCAAAUGGGACCCGCGAAUAGAUGAAAUCUUCGAAGUCCUCUGGUCAAUCUUCCACAUGGAAACCCGACCCAGAAACUUUGCCUAUCGCUGUGAUCCGGAUGAAGAAGAGGACCGGUUGCUAGCGAAAACCCUCGCCGCCAAAUUUGACCAACGCAUCAUCCCCGCCUCAUCGCUGAUCCCGCAGGUCGAACAGAUAGCGCCGGGUUCGUGGCCUGACGCCCGCGAGAAGGAGCUUUUCCGCGAGUGGAUGAUGUGUUUUCCGCAGCCGGAGAGCAGAACUUACUCUUAUGAGACGCAUCAUACGCAUUAUAUUGAGGGCCGUGUUCGCACAUUCGCAGAAGAGCUGUGGUGGAAUGAAGAGGUGGAUGGAGCAAGUGAUGGAGGGAAUUGGGCGGAGUGGGAGACACCAUCAGGGGGGCUGGAGGUUCGGCAGAUGGAUAAGAAGAGGAAGAGGGUUGAUAGCGGGGGGUUGGAGGGUAUGGUUGCGGAGUGA